GAGGAGGGUUAAUUAAGAUGAAGAUGGGUUCGGUGGUGAUUGGACUGUUGUUGUAGCUACGAUUGUGUUUUGUUUUUGUGAACAAAUUAAAAAGAAACAUAAUAACAUGUCCCAUCAUCGUUUAUUCAUUCUCUUGAAUCGAGAAACCAAAGUUUGAGGUUAGUGCCAUUCAAUUCAUUGUCAUAGAUGGAUCCAAUCCAAUCCAUUGUGAUCAUCAAAUGAAAUGAAUCAUAAAAAUGUUCAAAUCUAACUAAUCUUCUUUUCUCUUUUUCUUUCUUUCUCUCUUUACUACUUCACCACCAAACCCCAACUCUUCUUCUUCUUCUUCUUCUUCUUCUUCUUCUAUCUUCCUUCUAACACCUAAAGUUUCACACUUUCUUUCACUCUCUUAACUUGGUUUCCUUUUACUUUUCUUUCAAACAAAUCAAAUCAGGUGUUGUAGGUUAGGCUUGUAGCAUUGCCACAAUGAUAAAGCAAAUUCUUAGCAAAUUGCCUAAGAAGUUGCCAAAAUCUGACUCAUCAGAUUCUGCAAAGAGUGAUUCUGGCAAUAGUACUACUAGUUUUGGAAAUGUAUUUCAGUGUACAAAUGUUGGAAGUACCAUUUCAAGCAAAUUAAAUGUUGUGAAAAGGGUAUCUUCUGUUGUUUUUCCUGCAAGCAUGAAUGCUGGUGUAGAAGCAGUUGACCCUUCUCUAUCGUUCAAAGAUGUUUCAAAUACACAGAAACAAAGCCUUUUUAUCAGUAAGUUAAACCUUUGCUGCAAAGUUUAUGAUAUGAGUGAUCCUGAUAAGAACUGUACAGAACAAGACGUUAAACGCCAAACAUUGUUAGACCUUGUUGAUUUUGUUUCAUCUGGUUCUGUAAAGUUUACAGAACCAGCAAUUGCUGCGUUGUGUAAAAUGUGUGCAACCAAUUUGUUUAGGGUUUUCCCACCUAAGUUUCGUUCGAGUAGUGGCGGAGAAACAGAAGAUGAAGAGCCUAUGUUUGAUCCUGCUUGGUCUCACCUGCAAGUUGUUUAUGAUCUCCUGCUUCAAUUCAUCAAUUACAACUCUCUUGAUGUGAAGCUUGCAAAAUCCCACGUAGAUCAUGCUUUUGUUUUAAGAUUACUUGACCUUUUUGAUUCUGAAGACCCUAGAGAAAGAGAUUGUUUGAAAACAGUUCUGCACAGAAUCUACGGGAAAUUCAUGGUUCAUAGGCCUUUUAUAAGGAAAUCUGUUAGCAAUAUCAUCUACCGGUUUGUUUUUGAGACCGAGCGGCAUAAUGGAAUUGCUGAGCUAUUGGAGAUUUUUGGGAGUGUUAUUAGUGGAUUUGCCUUGCCAUUGAAGGAAGAGCACAAAAUAUUUUUGUGGAAGGCUUUAAUUCCUUUGCACAAACCCAAAUCUAUUGGUAUUUAUCAUCAGCAGUUAACAUAUUGCAUUGUACAGUUCAUAGAUAAGGAUCAAAGAUUGGUUAGCUCAGUGAUAAAGGGACUAUUGAAGUAUUGGCCAGUUACUAAUAGCCAAAAGGAGCUAAUGUUCAUGAGUGAGUUGGAAGAGGUUUUGGAAAUGACCAGCAUGGCUGAAUUCCAGAAGGUUAUGGUGCCUCUGUUUCGACGAUUGGCUUGCUGCCUUACCAGCUCGCAUUACCAGGUGGCGGAACGAGCUCAUUUGUUAUGGAACAAUGAGCACAUCCUGAAUCUUAUAACGCAAAACCGACAAGUGAUUCUGCCUCUCGUGUUCUCAGCACUUGUACAUAACUCACAGAAUCACUGGAAUCAAGCAGUCCUGAACCUGACUCAGAACAUAAGGAAGAUGCUAUCUCAAAUGGACGAGGAACUCGUACUUGCAUGCCAACGCAAGAUCGAAGAGGAAGAUUCAAAAUCAAGUGAUGUAGCCGAGAGGCGAAGAAUAACAUGGGAACGCCUUGAAGAAGCCGCUACCAGCGUCCAAUCCGUAGGCGGUAGCAGUGAUAUUUUAGUCCAAGUAAAAUCAGCUACUGCUACAUGCUCUGUAGCAUGCUAAUUGAAAUUGCUUUAAGUAAUGUUGUUGAAUGAUUUGUAAGAGGUUGGUUCUAAUUUAUAGUGGUGUUUUGUGUUUUCUUAAAAUUUGAAGAUAGCACUGGCAAUAGGGUAUGCAAUGCAUAACAUAUCAUAUCAAUAUCAUCAUUUGUCUAGUACAAACAACAAACACCUUCAAAAUUGUGUUGUUUUUGCUUAGGUGGUGCUGAGUAGGUGAUGUUUUGUUUUGUUUGGAGGAUCCAUUAGGAAACAGGUUACAGUGGUGGUGGGGAGGUGUUUUAUGUGUCGGUGGCUCACAUUUGUGCAUGCAUUGCAAUUAUAUAUGCAAGUGUCAGCAACACAACCUGUUUCACCUUUUGUUCAGUUUUUGUUACCUCAUGGCCCACACUUUUCCCUGCUAAUAUGCAAGAAGAGUGUCAUUGUUAAUAUGCUAUUACAUUCACUGGUUACUAUAUGCUAUGUGGAUGUUUAUGCAUAUGUAUCUUCUCUUCUCCCUAAAUGCCAAGUGAAAUUUACAUGUAUGUUCAUUCCUUGUCUUUUUUACUACCUACUCUACUCUA